AGUGGCGUAAAACUGCUAUUGUAAAGUGCGAAAUUUGCAAUACAUUUUGUACUUCCAUUUUAUGUUGAAAUUUUCAUAACAAAUUAGUCAUAUAUUAAGUUGAAUUUGUUAUCGGCGCGUUAAAGUGUUAUAGCCGCAUUGAAUUUGUAUCAUUGCAAUAUGAUGUACAUAGUUUAAAAUUUAUUCCCCACAUGUCGUCGACGCUGUUGUCGUCACCAGUAAUACGUAUACGUGCUUAAGUUGUGUGUUGAGCAGCGACGAAAAAAAAAAAAAAAAAAAAAAAAAAAACAACAUACAAAGAACAACAACAACACGAACAAAAGAAAAAGGGCAGAAACAAAAGCUACGAAAGUUAAGCACUUUGGUUUUGUCUUUUGCUUUUGGUUUCGGUUUCUUCGUCUCCUCGUUUCUUUUGCAUGCCAAUCAUAGUAGUAGCUCCUUUGGCAAAAGAAACCGCGCUCAACACUCCUCCACAGCAGCAGCAGCAGUAACAACAACAAUAAAAUCACGUUUCUCAACACACACAGAGAGAGAAACAUUAGAAAAGAGAGUGUGUUUAUUAUUUUUUGUUUUCGCUUGGAGUGUGAGAGAGUGAGAGCGACCACAACUCCUUGGCCUUAUUUGACUGUUAUUGUUGUGCUGUUGUUGUUGCUGUUACUGUUUUGAGCGCUACCUCCUGUUAAACUUGCGCGCGCCGUUCAACGAAAGCUGUUCAACUGUCAUGGCCGGUAAUGGAGAGGCGUCCUGGUGCUUCUCACAGAUCAAGGGCGCCUUAGACGAUGAUGUCACCGAUGCGGAUAUCAUAUCCUGCGUGGAGUUCAAUCACGAUGGCGAGCUGCUGGCCACCGGCGAUAAAGGCGGUCGCGUCGUCAUCUUUCAGCGUGAUCCCGCCUCGAAAACCGCAAACCCGCGACGCGGUGAAUACAAUGUCUAUUCGACAUUCCAAUCGCACGAGCCCGAAUUUGAUUAUCUUAAAUCGCUGGAAAUCGAGGAGAAAAUCAAUAAGAUACGAUGGCUGCAUCAAAAGAAUCCCGUACACUUUCUGCUAUCCACCAAUGAUAAAACGGUGAAAUUGUGGAAGGUCAGUGAGCGCGAUAAGUCAUUUGAGGGCUAUAACACAAAAGAGGAGAACGGUCUGAUUCGAGAUCCACAAAAUGUAACCGCCUUACGAGUUCCUUCUGUGAAGCAAGUACCGCUUAUGGUUGAGGCCUCGCCACGUCGCACCUUUGCCAAUGCACACACCUAUCACAUCAAUUCAAUUAGCGUUAAUUCUGAUCAAGAGACUUUCCUAUCGGCCGACGAUUUGCGCAUUAACCUCUGGCAUCUGGAGGUGGUCAAUCAGAGUUACAAUAUUGUUGACAUCAAGCCAACCAACAUGGAGGAGCUAACGGAGGUCAUUACCGCGGCGGAAUUCCAUCCGACCGAAUGCAAUGUAUUUGUCUACUCCAGCUCCAAGGGCACAAUACGAUUAUGUGAUAUGCGAUCGGCGGCGCUAUGUGAUCGCCAUAGCAAGCAAUUCGAGGAGCCCGAAAAUCCAACGAAUCGCAGCUUCUUCAGUGAGAUAAUCAGCUCCAUCAGUGAUGUGAAGCUAAGCAACUCAGGCCGUUACAUGAUCUCCAGAGACUAUUUAAGCAUCAAGGUGUGGGACCUGCACAUGGAGACAAAGCCCAUUGAGACCUAUCCGGUUCAUGAAUACCUUCGCGCAAAGCUGUGCUCACUGUACGAGAACGACUGCAUUUUUGAUAAGUUCGAGUGCUGUUGGAACGGCAAAGAUAGCUCCAUAAUGACCGGCAGUUAUAACAACUUUUUCCGGGUCUUUGAUCGAAAUUCGAAAAAGGAUGUUACGCUGGAGGCAUCCAGGGACAUAAUUAAGCCCAAGACGGUACUGAAGCCACGCAAAGUUUGCACUGGCGGCAAACGGAAGAAGGAUGAGAUCAGCGUCGAUUGCCUGGACUUCAAUAAGAAAAUCUUGCACACCGCUUGGCAUCCCGAGGAAAAUAUCAUCGCUGUGGCCGCGACUAAUAAUCUGUUUAUAUUUCAGGAUAAAUUUUAGCUAAAGCUACUACUGCUAUUACUAAUUCAAGCAUUGUAUACACCCACGCUAAUUUUUAGGGCCUCGGCACAGCCUUGGCAGCAACCGUGGCAACAAUGGCAACAGUCGCCUCAUUUAAAUGUUAAUUCGAUUGAUUUGUUUCAAAAGCGCCCUCAAAUUUCCCAUCAGCCUUAUGCCUAACAAUUAUCCUGGACCUUCCACACACACAUACACACACACUACUCACCUACACUCACUUAUACACACACAUACAUACAUAAAUGCCAUAGCAAAAGCUUUGUAACAUUUUUCCUUAGUGAUACAAGUUGAAUAAAAAAAAUUUUAUACGUAGAUAACAUUAAAAAGAAAAACAAAAAUAGUAAAGCAGAAAUUUAAUUUUCAUUGUAGCGUAAUUAAAGAAACAAUCGAGUUAUCCAACGUAGUGCCCCAAUAUUUUUUUAUAUGCAUACACAGAUACGCGUACCAAGUAUUUCUAAUAUAAAAAAAAACAAAUUACAUUAAAAAAACACACACACACACAAAAUACAUAUUGUAAUUUUUUUUAGCUACCAGGUUUGUGCGUUUUAUGUUCGCUUGUUAAGUUUAAAACAAAAUCGAAAAUCAUGAAAAAGUUCGAAACAAAAGUUGUGCGCUUUUUUCUGUUGUAUAUUUCUGUUUUCGUUUUCGAUCAAGUUCAUUCCAUGCUGUUAAAAACGAAAAACAAUUUAAAUAGCUAGCAUACCUUUAAUAUAUAAUUCUAAAUCUCAAUAAAACAAGAAAUAAUAAAAAAAACGCAAUUCCAGCCCAUGUCUCCUUCUCUUCCUGCUCUGUUAUCAUUCAUGAGAAUCACGCAAAAAAAGAAAAAACAUACAAAAUGCUCAUUUUAAA